AUGAUUUCUUCUACUAUUGUUGCCAGCCUCAUUCUUGGCUUAGCCCACAUUCCUAGCAUUAUUGCUCAGCCAGUUGCCUCAAACUCUACAGACGUCCUCAUUUCACUCACUGCCUCUGAUUACUUCCCAAAUGCAAAGGGAAACUUGAGUCUUUUCGACGUUGAUUGCCUAUUUUCAAUUAAUGAUGCCGAUACUCGUUCCUGGCUUAGCUCCCUCGACCCAGCCUCGGCCACUACCGAUGAGGGAAAGGCGAUUGUACUCACUGAAGCGGCCUAUUCUAAGAAGUUUGACGCGAAUGACUUAGAUAUGGUUGAAGACGUCGAGGAGAUCUUGGCUUUAGUUGCUGGCAAUACUACUUCUCUCGAAAAGCGUAGUGGCUCUAGCACUUUUUCCACGAGCAGUCGCCACGCUGUGAAAUGGACCAAAUGCGGGGCUUUUUUGGCAUGCGUCAGUGGGUAUUCCUGCGGUCUUGAUAUCACGAUUGACUCGGCUCCUCGUAGCAAGUGUGCGACCCGUGGGGGGAGUCUCUGCUGUCUAAGCUGGUCCACCUAUAAGGUUCGGGCAGCAUUCUUCUCUACUACAUGGACAUCGUGCAACUCCGAGGUCAAAGCGGAGGACCUAACAGAAGCCUCCUGUGAAGGCCACGGCAGUUCCGCUCAGGGUGGCGACGUAUGCCUCAGUAACCGAGCCACCCAUUGUGGCUGA